AUGUCCGGUGCUCGAAAUUACGACGCCCUCAGCGACGCGGCACGCAGGCGAUGGACAUAUACGGGCCCGGGGCAGUUCACCGUGCCGGUGUUCUCCGCAUCUCCUACCAGCCCAGACUUCGCACCUCUCACCGCGAGCGCGUCGCACAACUCCCGAAUGUCUGGCCUCACCGAUAAUACGCUGUCCAGUCCUGCCUCGAGCGCACUCAAUACACCGGAAAUGACGAGGUGGACGACUCUUCCCGCCUCUCCAACGGAGAGCAAUCACCUUCGGGCGUCCUUCGGUGCCGGUGACGAGACGCAAUAUUCGCCGAAUGCCUUCACGGGGAAGAGCGGAGCUCAUGCCCCUCGCUAUGAAGCCGGGGUGCCCCUGGCGAAGCAGUCGUCCUCCCCUUUAAUGCGCGAUCGCUAUGGGUCUCCAUCCCUAGACGCUCCGCUCCUGAACAUCAUCCCUGGUCUGCCCCCUCUCAAGUUCCCUCUCCCGGUGUUCUCGUCGCGCCACGGACGUUAUGAUUCUCUCCCGGCACCACCCUCCCCGUUGUCUGAAUCUUGCUCGCCACCGGCCUCGUUCACCAUCCCGUCCCCGAGGGAGGAAUACUCCCCGUCGUUUUCUCCAUCAGCUGCUCCCUCGCCGUCUAGCAUUGCUACAGAUUUCUUCCCUAUAGAAGAAGCGACUCCCCAGCCUUCACCGCAGCUGACUAUCCCGUCUCUCCCCUCGAGCACGUACGUCUCCGACGCCGAUUCGCUCAUUUUGCCUCCCUCCGAGAGCGCCGAUGCUCAUGUCCGCCCCACCUUCGUGCACGCCUCUACGUCGGCCUCACAAAUGGACGCUUUUGCGUUAGCGGCUGCCGUAGCCGCAUCACCCUCACAGUCGUCCCUGUCGCUCCCAACUUCAUUCCAGUCACAGUUCGCCUCCGGGACCUCCGCCGCCUCCUUCAACACGCCACUAGCCUCGCCAGCUCGGGUAGUCCGCCCCUACGCUCCGCGGCAGCCGUCAUGCACAACGCAAGCCUCCACAGGCCAUCGCGCCGGGACUACUCGUAGUGUUGGCUUCGCUGAGCUAGUGGCCGAUGACGAUUCUGAUACCCCUGGAAUUCGGUCUCGCGAUCGCAUGGACGAAACCCGGUGGCGGCGCCGCUCUGCCCCGCCACCUAUCGUGAGGCGAAGUCCUCGCCCUCUGGUUUCCAAAACAAUCAGCAGCAGGGUGGACGUUGGUUCGUCACGAAGGCUUCGAUCUGCCAAAGAGCCGGUGUUGGGCAAGAUGCGGAAAAUCGGGGAACGGAUACGAGGCCUGUUCAAGAACAAGGAUGCCAGUCCGGUGAAAGCAAGAAGUAGCGGAUUAGAUCCUAUUCAGCCCGCCCUCGCAUACGGGCUUAUGACGACGACGACCGCCGUUACGAAUGUGGAGUAUGAAUCCGAACAUCCUAUCCCGGCACCCAGUCCCCGGGCCAAGAUGAUGCGGAAUCACCGUCGCUCCCUUCCCUUGCCAUCUCUUCUUCUGCCGUCGAGCGCAGAGAAUAUUGCUUCGGCAAUAUUUAAACGUCCGUCUGCGCACCGUGCCGGUAGCUCUUGGCUCCCUCAGGAAUCUUCCGAGGAUGCCGAAGAGCUUUCUUCGCGAGACGAACGGUCGUCUUACACUCCCACUCAUUCCCCUCGCACACCGAGGCCACGGCGGCAACGCAAUGUCACCGCAGACCAGAUCGAGGAAACCCAGGCGACGGCGCAGCCUGGCCUGAAGGCGAGAAGGUUCUCUUUGUCCUCCGCCCUGCCCAAGUCACGUCUCGACUCGCUACGUUUGACUAUGCUGCCCCGUCCGAGUCCGCCUCUACCCUCGAUGCCCUCACAUUCUUUUCACGACAACGUUCCUCUAUCCUCAUCGUCACAACUCGCAGAUCGAACGCCAUCAGCCGAUGAAUUCGGCAGCGGCUACUGGGGAGAGGAGCUCCCAAGUGUCCAGAUCACCCGCGGUAGCCCAGAUCUCUAUUCCGUCGAUGCUUCUCCGAGGAGAAUGCGCACUCAAACGGCACCCUCAGCCCCCCAGAUCUUCCCAGAGGAAGUAGACACGGUUAAUACCACCCCGAAGGCUAAGCGACCUCGCCGGUUUUCCCUGUCUUCGAUGAUGGCAAGACGGGCAUCCCGCAGUCGUAUCGGCGGGCGGACCUCAAUGCUGCCAAGUGCUCAUAUACCCCCAAUCCCCACCAGAGCUGUCCCAGAUCAGCCUAUCCGUCGGGCGCGCGGAGACACGAUCACGACGAUCACGCAGGGUGUCCCUUUCGACAUGGUUCAGCCCAGGCACGCUCUCGGCGACCAUGUCGAUCCCUCCACAGACGGCGUCCCUGGCAGUUACAGUCGGUUCAGCGUAUCCUCUACCAUCUCUAGUUCGCAUACCGGAUCCGCCUACUUCGACGCCCGGGAGCAGCUCAGCGAGGACAAUCACCAUUCUAGCUCUGAUGCGGACAGAUCUUGCUCGCCCGGGCUUGAGUCCGACCUAGACAGCAUGAGCUUUGCGCGCACGCCCGAAUACUGCAGCGGGACGUUCAGCUUCAGAUCCAGCGGAGACCGCCCCCGCUACCUCGACACCGACGAACUCUCCAUCCCCGGCUCCUACCACUUCAAACCGAGUCUGGUGGGCAAAUGCGCGAGCACCAGUGCUGUCUCUCAUCUGUUCAGCGAGCGUACGAGCGCUCCGGUGAAGACUCUGCGGUUCAGCCCGAGCUUGAGCCUGUCGUUCGACAGGUCGUGGUCGGACGACGGAGAGGGCGACGAUAACGAGAUUGGGAUGAUGGACCGGGAGGAGGACCGCGGAUUCAUGCGGGCACUGGGGUUCGAGUUCGACGAAAUCGCGCGGAGGGUUCGGGAGGAGCCAAUCUGA